AUUUAUUGACCAUGAGGAAGAUAUUUAAAGGAAGUUGGUAACAGAUUUUCUGUUGUCUCCAAAUUAGUGGAAAAAUUACAGCAAGCUGCAGUCCAAAUCCUAUGGCAGUUUGUGUCUGCAUGGGAGGUAGACAGAGCAGCCAUGACUGUCUCAUAUACCUUGAAAGUGGCCAAUGCUCGCUUUGGGGGCUUCUCUAAGCUGCUGUUCCGCUGGAAAGGGAGCAUCUACAAGCUGCUGUACAAGGAGUUCGUGGGCUUCAUUGUGCUAUACGCAGGACUGAGUGCCAUUUACCGGUACCUUCUCAAUGAAGAUCAGAAACGCCUCUUUGAAAAGGUGGCUAGAUACUGCAAUCGCUCCACUGACCUCAUCCCUCUAUCUUUUGUCCUAGGUUUUUACGUCACACUGAUUGUGAACCGUUGGUGGGCCCAGUACACCAGCAUUCCCCUGCCAGACCAGCUGAUGUGCGUCAUUUCCAGCAACGUCCAUGGGAGGGAUGACAAGGGUCGCAUUUUGCGGCGCACUCUCAUCCGUUACGCCAACCUGUCUUCUGUCCUUAUCCUGCGUUCAGUUAGCACCAGAGUGCUUAAGAGAUUCCCCACUAUGGACCACAUCGUGGAAGCUGGUUUUAUGACACAGGAUGAACGUAAGAAAUACGAGAGUCUCCAUUCAGACUUCAACAAGUAUUGGAUCCCGUGUGUGUGGUUCACCAAUCUAGCUGCCCAGGCACGACGAGAUGGGAGGAUCCGCGAUGAUGUGGCACUCAGAUUACUCAUGGAUGAGCUGAACCUCUACCGUGCCAAAUGCAGCAUGCUUUUUCACUAUGACUGGAUCAGUAUCCCCCUAGUGUACACACAGGUGGUCACCAUCGCUGUCUAUUCUUUCUUUGCAUUUUGUGUGGUUGGCCGUCAGUUCCUGGAUCCGGCUCACAGUGGAGAACUAGACAUGUAUGUUCCCUUGCCCACACUCCUACAGUUCUUCUUUUAUGCUGGAUGGCUGAAGGUGGCUGAACAAAUAAUUAAUCCCUUUGGAGAGGAUGACGACGACUUUGAAACUAAUAAACUGAUAGACAGAAACUUUCAGGUAUCUUUGCUUUCAGUGGAUGACAUGUACCAGAACUUGCCUCCGACUGUGAAGGACAAAUACUGGAAUGAAUCUACAGCUCAGCUACCCUACACAAUGGCCACAGUGGCAGAGACCUUGAAACCCUCCUUCAUGGGCUCCACUUUUGAUAUGCGGAUGAGCGAUGACCCGGAGCAGAAUCAACAGGUCGAUGCAUCACCCAGCAUGAACCGCACACAGACACCCUUGCUCAACCGCUUUUAUGCUGCUGCUGCCUCUCCAGCAAUUAGCCUCAAAAAUUUUGGGAAGGGCAGCCGGAUUCCCCACCCUCAAUUUCUGCGCUUGAGAUCUGAGGGCAUCUUCCCUUCUGCCAGUCCCAACUUCUGCCGCAGGGAGGAUCCAGAGGCUGUUGGCCGCAUUGAUGAGGAAGAGACAGAGGACGAGGAAACCAGAAUUAGCGAGACUCACGCUCCUCACAAUGUAGAGAGAAAAGAUAUACCCACUGUUACAGUGAUAGGAUCCCUAGACGAUAGCAUCAGCAGUGCUGAGCUGCCCUCUAGCUAAGAUCAACAGAUAACCAAGAUUUCUGGCUGCAAUUAUUGAUCAACUGUGAGAUAGUUUUAAAAGUUGUAUUUU